AGAGCGCCUUAUCUACUAAACUUGAGUUGUGAAAUCCGAACUCCGAAGCAGUACCACUGGCCAAGAAAGAAGCAAGCAGAAGAUGUUGAGUCUCUCAAUUGCCUCACCUUCAACCAUCAUCUUCUCUCCAAAACCCCACAUUCCAAUCCCCAAAUCCUCAUCCUCCUCCUCAUUCAAUGGCGUUAAGAUCCAAAAGCACAUUCGCGUGCCUCCCCAGAGGGUCUCCUUCUCUCCAUCGUCGUCGGUAGUGAUGAUGUCGAAGCGGUUGGAUGAAAUGAAAGAAAUAAGGACCAAAACCACUGAAGAAAUUAACGAGGAGGUAGUGGACCUCAAGGGCGAGCUCCUCAUGCUUCGCCUCCAGAAGUCCGCACGCAACGAGUUCAAGUCCAGCGAGUUCGGUCGCAUGCGCAAAAGGAUUGCUCGUAUGCUUACUGUUAAACGGGAAAGAGAGCUUGAGGAGGGAAUCAACAAGAGGUUGUCAAGAAAGUUGGACCGACAAUGGAAGAAAAGCAUUGUUGUCAGACCACCUCCUUCUUUGAAGAAGUUGCAAGAAGAAGAAGCAGCUGCAGAAGCUGAGAAAUCUGCAUGAGCCAAUCUCAAUAUCUUCAUAAUGAAUACGAUGUUCUUUCACGGUUUAGAGUGCUGCUCUAUUUCAGGCCUUUUCUUUUUUGUUUUUUGUGUAUAAUGUCUUCUUGCUAGUAGUGUAAUAUGAUUCCCCCCAUUCCCCUCCAGUUGUUGUUUUCUUGCUCAUGUUUUCUUUGAAGCCAAACCCAUUAGAAUGUUGGAUGAAAAUCUUGAGUAUAUGCUCAUCUCGUUGCUAAUUAAAAUCUGUUUUUGAAUUA